CCUUCCUUAGACUCUGUGGCAUAUAGGACUGGUAUGAGAAAGCUUUGAUAACUCAGCUUUUUCAUUGACACAGACAUGCCUACUUUCGCUGUUAGAGACAAUUUGAGACCCAUCAGUGGAAGAUGAAGGAUAACAGUUCAUCGACUAGUAAAAUGAUUAAUAGAAACUGGGUCUUGAAGCGAAAAAGAAGAAAACUUCCAUGUGGACCUGAUCUAUCAAAUGGCAAAGAAGAAAACUUGGGAGGCUCAGAAACUCCAAGGAAUACCUCUUCUUCUAAACGCAGGCUGAAGAUUGAAAUAAAUUCUGAUCGGCCUUCAUCCAAGAAGAAAGGAAAUGAUGGAUAUUACUAUGAAUGUGUGAUCUGUGAUCUUGGUGGUAACUUGUUGUGUUGUGAUAGCUGUCCCCGGACCUAUCAUCUUCAGUGCCUUGAUCCACCUCUUAAGCGCAUUCCAAAUGGAAAAUGGCAAUGCCCAAAGUGCAGUCAGAAAACUGAUCAUCUCAAGCCCAUCAGCAAUCUGGAUUCCAUUUCAAAGAGGGCUAGAUCUAAAAUAAUCACCUUAAAAUCUCAAAGUGGGAUUAAGUCAUCCAGCACUGACAAAGUAUCCCAGAUUUUUGGAGGCAGCAUUCUUUCUAAAAAAAGGUCCUCAAGCAAGGGGAAAUCUGUUUUAACACUUGGAAUCAAACCCUUGGAAAAGAAAUUGGAUUCCUCCCAAGUAGAUGUUUCUGAUAGUACCAAGCCAACAGAUGCAUCUAUUGGUAAUCCUGUAGAGAGGAGUUCAUCAUGUGUGAAUGUUGAUGAUGAAAAAGAACAUAAUGUGUCUCCAACAGAUUCUCCUAUUGACAGGAAGUCCUCUCUCGCCGAGGAAGUUCUUGCUCUUUCUGAAGUUACAAGAUCAGAGCCAAAUGAUGAAGCUCCUGAGGAGAAGCAUGAUUUGCCUCAUGCUAAUGGAUCUACAGGAAUUAAAUUUGUACUUGCAAUUGGUGCUUCAUCAGACAAAGCUAAAAAAAGAAAAGUUGAGGUCAAUAAUGAAGACAGUCAAAAGAAGCAUAGGACUGAUAAGAAAAAGCGGUCUGCUACUGCUUCUAAAAAACGUAGGUCCAAAACAAACACUUCGAGUCCUGGAACUAGCAAGGUUCAUGAGAAGCGGCAAACUGUUAAUAACGGGGUUUCUGCAUCUUUGUCUGAGGAGAAUGACAAAACAAAGAGUUCAGAUAGUGGGAGAAGAGAAGAGUUUACCCAGGAAGCGGCACAGCCAUUAGAUGAGUCAGAGAAAGCAGGGGUUCCUGUGGAUGAAACACUGAUGUGUGAAGAUACUGUUUCCUUUGAACUUCAGCAGGUUGAUCGGGUUCUGGCAUGUCGAAUACAAGGUGGUGAUGCAAGCUCUAAACGCCACAUAUCUGUGACAGCUGGAGAUGACUUGCGUUCUGAUGAUUUGGUAAUGUCAGAAAAUCAAAACAAAAUGGAGGAAAAAUUUGCCUGUGAUAUAGAUCUAGAUUCUAGAGUUGUGGAAAAUCUUGCUGAGGACAAUCCUAAUGUCAGCGGAAGUCCUGAUGAGGAAGAAAGUAUGAAGAAUGAAGUCAGGGUGGACCAAGAACAUGUAUACAGAAGAUCUGUAAACAAAGAAUUGAAAGAAGAAAAUGCCAUGGAUUUAUCAGGAAAAGAUGACAAAGAUUCAGGUUCUGCGGUUGUAAAUGUUAAAGAGCAAGAUGAAUUUGCAAUGAGCACAGAAGCUUCGGGAGAAAGAAAUGAAAAGAUGGUGGAUGAGAGUGCAGGAAUUAGUUUGAGGAAUGAUGAAGGUCCUACAGUUUGUGAGACACCUAUUUCCUGUGAAACCAUAGACAUGAAAGAAGUGAAUACAGAAAUGAGAACAAAGAGCAAUGCCGAAAACAAAAUUCAGGAGUCUGCCGUAGCUGAAUCUGCACAUGCUAAAGGAGAGACAAUAUCAUAUGAAUUUUUAGUUAAGUGGGUUGGGAAGUCCCAUCUUCAUAAUAGUUGGAUUCCUGAAGCCCAACUUAAAGUGCUGGCUAAGAGAAAGCUUGACAAUUACAAGGCAAAGUAUGGAACUUCUGUGAUAAAUAUCUGUGAGGAAAGGUGGAAGCAACCUCAACGGAUAAUUGCUCUCCGCACUUUCAAAGAUGGGACACGUGAAGCGUUUGUAAAAUGGACUGGUCUUCCUUAUGAUGAAUGCACCUGGGAAAGUUUAAAUGAACCUGCUCUUAAAAACUCAUCGCAUCUGAUUGAUUUGUUUGAUCAGUUUGAACGCCAAACAGUGGAAAAAGAUGCUUCUAAGGAUAAUUUACCAAGGGGAAAAGGUGAUUGUCAGCAAAGUGAUAUUGUUGCUCUCUCAGAGCAACCUGAGGAACUGAAAGGAGGUUUGUUGUUUCCUCAUCAGCUUGAAGCACUAAAUUGGUUGCGGAAAUGCUGGCAUAAAUCCAAAAAUGUAAUCCUUGCUGAUGAAAUGGGUCUAGGAAAAACAGUGUCUGCUUGUGCUUUUAUUUCUUCAUUGUAUUUUGAGUUUAAAGCUAAACUACCUUGUUUAGUCUUGGUUCCACUUUCUACGAUGCCUAAUUGGCUUUCUGAGUUUGCCUUAUGGGCUCCUAACAUAAAUGUUGUCGAGUAUCAUGGAUGCGCUAAAGCAAGAGCCAUAAUUCGCCAAUAUGAAUGGCAUGCUAGUGAUCCCAAUAAGCCGAAUAGAAAGACAUCUUCCUAUAAAUUUAAUGUUAUAUUAACUACUUAUGAAAUGAUUCUUGCUGAUUCCUCUCAUUUACGAGGAGUUCCUUGGGAAGUUCUGGUGGUUGAUGAGGGCCAUCGUCUGAAGAAUUCAGGAAGUAAGCUGUUCAGCUUGCUCAAUUCAUUCUCUUUCCAACAUCGUAUUCUGCUGACUGGUACCCCUCUUCAGAAUAACAUUGGUGAGAUGUAUAACUUGCUUAAUUUCUUACAGCCUGCUUCAUUUCCUUCGUUAUCUUCUUUUGAGGAGAAGUUUAAUGAUCUCACAACUACCCAAAAAGUGGAGGAAUUGAAGAAACUUGUUGCCCCACAUAUGCUUCGAAGGCUUAAAAAGGAUGCCAUGCAAAAUAUCCCCCCUAAGACUGAGCGAAUGGUUCCUGUUGAGUUGUCAUCCAUCCAAGCUGAAUAUUACCGUGCAAUGCUGACCAAGAACUAUCAGAUAUUGCGGAAUAUUGGGAAAGGGGUGGCACAACAAUCAAUGCUAAAUAUUGUGAUGCAGUUAAGAAAGGUUUGCAACCAUCCAUAUCUCAUUCCAGGUACUGAGCCUGAAUCUGGAUCAGUAGAAUUUCUCCAUGAAAUGCGGAUAAAAGCUUCAGCCAAGUUGACUUUGUUGCAUUCCAUGCUUAAGCUGUUAUAUAAGGAAGGUCAUAGGAUUCUGAUUUUUUCACAGAUGACCAAGCUUCUUGAUAUUCUUGAGGAUUAUUUGACUAUAGAGUUUGGACCUAAAACGUAUGAAAGAGUGGAUGGUUCUGUUGCGGUGGCAGAUCGCCAGGCAGCUAUAACGCGUUUUAACCAAGAUAAAAGUCGAUUUGUCUUCUUGUUGUCAACGCGUUCUUGUGGCCUUGGUAUCAAUUUGGCAACAGCUGACACUGUCAUUAUUUAUGAUUCUGAUUUUAAUCCGCAUGCUGAUAUCCAAGCCAUGAAUCGGGCACAUCGAAUUGGACAGUCAAAAAGACUUUUAGUAUACAGGCUUGUAGUUCGUGCUAGUGUUGAAGAACGCAUCUUGCAGCUUGCAAAAAAGAAACUGAUGCUGGAUCAGCUUUUUGUGAAUAAAUCUGGAUCUCAAAAGGAAGUGGAAGAUAUUCUACGAUGGGGAACAGAAGAGCUAUUUAAUGAUUCUCCUGGUAUGAAUGUUAAAGAUACAGGUGAAAAUAAUUGCAACAUAGAAGAGGCAGUGAGAGAUCUUGAACAGAAGCACAGGAAGAGGGGUGGUGGUCUGGGGGAUGUGUACAAGGACAAAUGUACAGAAGGCAGCACCAAGAUUGUGUGGGAUGAAAGUGCAAUAUUAAAAUUGCUUGACCGUUCAAAUCUUCAAUCUGGUUCAACCGAUGCUGCUGAGGGAGAUUUGGAGAAUGAUAUGCUUGGCUCAGUAAAGUCCUUGGAAUGGAAUGAAGAAACACCUGAGGAACAGGGGGGAGCUGAAUCACCUGCAGUUGCGACUGACGAUAUUGGUGCCCAAAGUUCUGAAAAGAAGGAAGAUAAUGCUGCGAUCAUUCCCGAAGAAAAUGAGUGGGACAGACUUUUGCGUGAGAGAUGGGAGAAAUAUCAAAGCGAGGAGGAAGCAGCACUUGGUCGAGGAAAGCGCCAGAGAAAAGCUGUUUCCUACAGGGAAGCAUAUGCGGCACACCCUAAUGAAACAUUGAGUGAGCAGAGUGGUGGUGAAGAGGAAAAAGAACCCGAGCCAGAGCCCGAACGGGAAUAUACACCGGCAGGUCGAGCUCUGAAAGCAAAGUAUUCUAAGCUCCGUGCCAGACAAAAAGAACGGCUAGCACGGAGGAAUACAGUUGAAGAAUUGCGUCAUCUUGAGGCAACACCUGGACCUGAGUUACCUCCACAUUUUGCUGCUAAUGAGAAAGAUGGGCAUCGAGUGACUGAAUUGGUUCAAGAAGUCAGAGAAAAGUCUUCAGCAAUUGGUUUAGAGGAUGAGAAAGUCACUUGGCCCUCAGAGGCACCAAAGAGUAAGGGCGACUUAGCUCUAAGGCUGGGUAGGCUUUCAAAACACAAAAUGGGCAGUCAUUUGGAUAUUUCUGUCAAUUCUCUUGCUCAGCCCUCUCCUGACAAUAUCCCUCCAAGUCACCAUUAUCAGGGCACAGGCUAUACAAGCACACUUCCUCCCAACAAUUUGUUACCGGUUCUGGGGUUAUGUGCUCCCAAUGCUAGUCAAAUAGAAUCACAUAGAAACUUUUCAAGGUCACAUGGUAGACAUAGCAAGUCAGCUACUGGACCAGAAUUUCCAUUUAGUCUAGCUCCUAAUUCUGGAACUUCAAUUGAGACAGAAGUAAAAGGUCGGGAGGGUACUCCAGACAAAACAAAGUUGCAUGAUGUGUCAGCUGAAGCUUUACAACAUCGUAUUAGAGGUAGCAUGCCAGAUAAUCGACUCCCAUUUAUUCCGUAUCCUCUGCCUUCCUCACAUGGAAAAAUUUCUGACCGUCUAGAAAGUGCUGCUGCUGCUGCAUUUGCUGAAUUUCAGGAGAAGUAUAUGUUACCAAAUUUACCUUUUGAUGAGAAAUUGCCACCUAGAUUUCCUUUUCCUGCGACCAGCACAGGAGCUCCACAUCAUGACUUGUUACCUAGCUUGUCACUGGGGAGCAGACUUGAAGCUGUAAAUGACUGCAUAAAAGACCUUCCAGCAAUGCCUCUCUUGCCAAAUUUGAAAUUCCUCCCACAAGAUGCACCCAGAUAUAAUCAGCAAGAGAGGGAAGUUCAUCCCACAUUGGGUUUAGGUCAGACACCAUCCACAUUUUCUUCAAUUCCUGAAAAUCACCGGAGAGUGCUUGAAAACAUAAUGAUGAGGACUGGGCCUGCUUCCAACAUGUAUAGAAAGAAACUAAAAGUAGAUAGCUGGUCUGAAGAUGAACUCGAUUUUCUCUGGAUUGGAGUUCGCAGACAUGGUCGGGGCAAUUGGACUGCUAUGCUUAGAGACCCCAGAAUGAAAUUCUCCAAGCAUAAAACUCCGGAAGAUUUGGCAGCUAGGUGGGAGGAGGAACAGCUUAAGAUAUUGGACGGUCCCGCUUUUCCAGUGCAAAAAACUACCAAGCCAAGUAAAUCUACCAAAUCUUCCUUGUUUCCAAGCAUUCCUGAUGGAAUGAUGUCACGGGCACUGCAAGGAAGUAAAUUUGUCUUGCCGCCAAAAUUUCAAGCACACUUAACGGACAUGAAAUUGGGCUUUUCUGAUCUCACCGCUGGCCUGCCAGGUUUUGAUCCAUCAGAACAAGUUAGUUUGCAAAAUGAGCAUUUUCCACCCAUUCCAACUUGGAAUCCUGAAAAAUUUCGGGGAAAUUUUGUUGGAGAUUCUUGUGCUGGACCCUCUGGUAGACCUGGGACUUCUUCAAGUGUACCAUUGGAGAAGCCCUUUAUGCUCAAUUCUUUGGGAGUGAGCAAUUUGGGUUCACUGGGUAUGAACUCUGGUGGCUCUGAUUUACUGAGAAGGGGGGAUGAAGACAUUUCAGCGAGAAGUGGGAAGUUGCGCAGUCUUCUGGACAGAUCUUUUAAUAUGUUGCGUGACUCCAACAAUAAUGUGGGAAGUGGUGAAUCCACCAGUUCAGGACUUCUCCCUGAACCAAACAAAGGGCUUAACAAUUCUCAUUCAAAGGGGAAAGAAGUAGUUGGAAGUAGUUCUUCAAAGAACAAACUACCUCAUUGGCUUCGGGAAGCUGUAGGUGCCCCUGCUAAACCGCCAGAUCCUGAACUGCCGCCUACUGUUUCAGCAAUUGCUCAAUCAGUUCGCUUACUAUAUGGGGAAGAUAAACCAACCAUUCCUCCAUUUGAGAUACCGGCACCACCUCCUCCCCAACCAAAGGAUCCAAGACGUAGUCUAAAAAAGAAGAAGAAGCGGAAGUCGCAUAUGCAUUGGGACAGUGCUGGGAGCAGCCAGAUGUUUCAAAGUGGCCUCCCUAAUAACAAUGCUGCUUCAAGUUCUAUUCUUCCGGUUCCACCAUUUCAAAUGCCCCCGCAACAUAUUACUGGAACUCCAGGGCUUCCUUCAGCAGAAUCUGACCUUAAUUUGCAUCCUCUCAAUUUAAAUAUGAUGAACCCACCGUCUUCUUCGGCAUACCUAAUCCCCCCAAAGAAAACGAGCUCAGGACUGUCCCCCUCUCCAGAAGUGCUUCAACUGGUAGCAUCUUGUGUUGCUCCCGGCCCACAUUUGCCAUCAGUUUCGGGCAUGUCAAGCUCAAGCUUCCUUGAGAGCAAGUUCCCAUUGUCGAAAUCUUCAGACCAAGUAGACCUACCAGACCGACAAGGUUCACCUGAAACAAUGAAAGCUGAACAGAACUCACCCAUUAACGAUGAUCGGCUUCAACCGGAACAACAAGAACAGCAAGAUAGUGGUGAAUCCAGCAAGACGCAAUCAGACCCUUGUCGAACUGAACAGCCUGAUGUCGAGGAAAUAUCCUCUGAGGGAACUCUGUCAGAUCAUCCUGUGAGUGACGAUGAACCCUAGCCCUUCAUACAUGAGUGAAAAAAAUAGGACAGUACUAUUCUUUCAUCCUGCUACUGGAGUUUCCAGGCUUUUCAAUGAUCUGCGCGAAUUUUUGUAGCCAUGGUGCAGAGUGAUGAAUUAGGACAUAUAGGAUCAUUUAGGACUCUUCUCGUGUAAAGUUUCUGUAACAGAAAAAUGAAAUAUAUAGUGUUGCCUGGUUGAUAUUUGCUUCUAUCA